AAGACCUGUCACCGUUUCUCUUCCUCCUUGCGGUUUGUUUUCGAUCAUAUAUCCCGGUAGGGGACCUUCCCCAUAUGCCACGAUCACUGACAGUCCGCAUGGGAGACUUCGUGCGGACCUUGACAUUGCAUUACCCGUUGAUCAGAUUGAACAAAUCCAACAGAUAUUGCUAUAAAAUAACUAUACACUCCGCCGUCUGAGAGAUCUUGUAAUCUAGGCCGUGUCUGGCUGCAUUAUCGUGCAUAUUCAGGAGUUUGCCUCUUUUGCUGAAACACUAGUGGCGGCUACACUGCAUGUAGCCCGGGCUCAAUGGCGUCGGAUACCAGCGACACGGAGGAGUUUUACGAUGCAGCGGAGGAUGUCAACUUCACUCCUACAUAUCUUGCGUCACCUGCAGAAUUUGAAAUUUCCCAACCUGUGGGUCUUGCAGAGAGUGUGGCACAGGAAGUCACUGCCAUAUUGGUUCAGCCAGAAUCCCGCCAUGAUGAUUCCCUUCAGAUCAUUGACAGUAUUAUAGAAGAGAGUCAAAAAAAUGGAGUGAAAGAUCAGUUGCUGAGAGAAGAAGAGAGAUCUGGAGCCUCAUCUGUAGAGGAAAAGAGCCCAAUUGCAGAAGACCACAGUGUUGUUGCAAGUCAGGUUCCUGUGACCGCAACAGUAUCUCUGGAGGAUUCUGACAUGAAACCUCGUGAAGCUGGCCACACUGAGCAGCUGCCUGAUGUGAGACAACAGGACAUUCAGGAAAGAGCACCAGAUGUGGCUGGUGUCGCCCAAGUGGGCCAGGACCAAGCUAUGCCACCCCCUCCUGACAUAACAAGUACUCUGGUUCAGCCAUCACAACCCAACUCCCUGCCCUGUGCUGAAACUCAUAAAACAGCUGACAUUUUAGAACAAGUCCCUAUGGCUGAACCAGAUGGCCCUGGCCCUUCCAAACCUCCCAGACAUCUAACAUUGGAGCCUGACAUUGUGGCUAGUACCAAGAAGCAACCACCCUCAAGACCACCCCCACCCAGCGGGGCUCCACCUCCUAGGCCGCCUCCCCCUACACGCCCCAACUUCCCAGCUAGUAAAAAGUCCCAGGAAGAGAUGCGACCAACAGGACUAGAAGUCUCUGUAGAGCAAGCAGAUGAGCCGUGUGGAUUGGUCAGCCCAAAUGCCUCAGUGCGAUGCAUCACAAAAGAAAUCCAGCACUCCUUGGAUCUCGCUAGUGCAACUAGUGGCGAAAAAGUGGUCACUGCACAGGAAAACGAUGAGCAAGCAUCUUGUCCUAGCAGCAGUGAGACACCUGGACCACAGAGACCAAGGUCUAACUCAGGCAGAGAACUUACUGAUGAGGAGAUUCUUGCGAGUGUAAUGAUCAAGAAUCUGGACACUGGUGAGGAGAUCCCAUUGAUCCAGGCAGAAGAGAAACUACCCACUGGAAUCAACCCUCUCACACUGCACAUAAUGAGGAGAACUAAGGAGUAUAUCUCAAAUGAUGCAGCACAGUCGGAUGAUGAUGAUAAGUCCCAGCCUGCCCUUACAGACACCGAUGGAGGGAAACUCAAACAGAGAACGACACAGUUGAAGAAGUUUCUGGGUAAAUCGGUUAAGAGGGCGAAGCACCUGGCAGAGGAAUAUGGAGAGAAAGCUGUGAAUAAAGUCAAGAGCGUUCGGGACGAGGUUUUCCACACAGACCAGGACGACCCAUCGUCCAGUGAUGAUGAGGGAAUGCCGUACACCAGACCGGUUAAGUUUAAAGCGGCUCACAGCUUCAAAGGGCCCUUUGACUUUGACCAAAUCAAAGUGGUGCAGGACCUGAGUGGAGAGCACAUGGGUGCUGUCUGGACAAUGAAAUUCUCUCAUUGUGGGAGGCUGCUGGCUACAGCAGGGCAGGAUAAUGUUGUUCGGAUCUGGGUCCUAAAAAAUGCCUUUGACUAUUUCAACAACAUGAGAAUAAAAUACAAUACAGAAGGACGUGUAUCCCCAUCUCCCUCUCAGGAGAGUCUAUGUUCCUCUAAAUCAGAUACAGAGGGAGGGUUUGUUGCUGCAGUGGAAGACACGGACAAUGAGGACAGAAACUUGCCAUUCCGACAGGUUCCAUUCUGCAAGUACAAAGGUCAUACUGCUGACCUGCUGGAUCUAUCUUGGUCGAAGAACUACUUCCUCCUGUCAUCAUCUAUGGAUAAAACGGUCCGUUUGUGGCACAUCUCCAGAAGAGAGUGUCUCUGCUGUUUUCAGCAUAUAGACUUUGUUACAGCCAUUGCAUUUCAUCCCAGGGAUGACAGGUAUUUUUUGAGUGGCUCUUUGGACGGAAAGUUGCGGUUAUGGAAUAUUCCAGAUAAAAAGGUGGCACUGUGGAACGAGGUAGAUGGACAGACACGUCUUAUUACAGCGGCUAACUUCUGCCAGAAUGGAAAAUAUGCAGUUAUCGGCACUUACGAUGGACGCUGCAUUUUUUAUGACACAGAGCGUCUUAAGUAUCAUACCCAAAUCCAUGUUCGCUCCACAAGAGGCAGGAAUCGUGUGGGCCGCAAAAUUACUGGUAUCGAGCCGCUGCCUGGAGAGAACAAGAUCUUGGUGACAUCGAAUGACUCUCGUAUUCGCUUGUAUGACCUGAGAGAUUUGUCUCUUUCCAUGAAGUAUAAAGGCUACGUGAACGGCAGCAGUCAGAUCAAAGCCAGCUUCAGCCAUGACUACUCGUUCAUUGUGAGCGGCUCAGAAGACAAGUAUGUGUACAUAUGGAGCACAUACCACGACCUCAGCAAGUUCACCUCUGUACGGCGAGACCGCAAUGAUUUCUGGGAAGGGAUCAAAGCCCAUAAUGCUGUGGUGACUUCAGCCAUUUUUGCUCCCCAUCCGGAUCUUAUUGUGCCUCAGGAGCCAGGGGUAGAGAAGCCUGACUCAGACUGUAAGAGUGACAGCACGGAUGAUUCAGAGACCAUCCCAUCAGGGGCGCUGAAAACAGACCACUUUGAAGUUUUGCUCUCUGCUGAUUUCACUGGAGCCAUUAAAGUGUUUGUCAACGUUAAGAAAUACUGAGUGCUAGUACUGAACACUACACCCAGUAAAUGUAUAUAAAUACAAUGAUUAAAAAAAACAUCUCCAGAUUUUGGACAGAAGUAAAAACGGAGGACAAAAGACAAAGUGCAGUGUCACUUUACAUCUAACUGAGCCCCCAUUCACAGACCAAUCAGCUGCUGGAGAGUGCUCUGAGAGGUGGAGGUUUUAAGCCCCACCUUAUUCACAGAGAACAGGGACCCAGGAAGUUGGAGUCGGUUAAGUAAUGGGCUGAGAGCAUUGCUAUCCUUUACCUUCCUUUUUCAUAAAAUUUUGAAAGGAAUUACUUUAUUGUUAUUGUACAUAAAAGGGCUUUAAAUUGCACGGAUCAAUGAUGCUAUUUUAAUGGAUGAGUGAAACUGCAAGCCCGUUUAGAGAAAAAAAAAGAUAUGAGAGAGGUGGUCAUCCCCCCACACACAAAUCAUUUCAUUUUCCACUGCACACCCUAACCCAAGUCACUGUUUCUGGCAAACACAAUACCAGACAUUUCCAACUUAAGCACUAAAUUUAUUUUCAUUUAAAACCCUUCAUCAGUGUUAUUUUGUUGUAAAAAUAAUUGAACCUGAUUUUUUAUGUGUAUGAUUCCUGAAAUAAAAAGUUUUCUCCA